AUGUCAUCUGAUUCAGACGCCAGCGGUGGAGAAGUUUACGAGGUUCAGGAAAUUAUUGAUGAACGUAAGAGCGGAUCUAAAACAUUAUAUCUAGUUCUUUGGAAAGGCUAUUCAAGAGAGGAAGCAACUUGGGAACCAAUUUCGAAUUUAGGCAACGCUAAAGAAGCCAUCAAAAAAUUCAGAAAAAAUAGAUUCUCAAUCCAAACAGCUCCCCCAGAAAAACAGCGUCGUAUCGAGUCUGUUGUUGGAGCAAAGAAACAUAACGGCGAUAUCGUUUACUCUGUUGUUUAUAGAGGAAGCGAUGAAAUUUCUGAGAUACCAAGAAGAGAGGCUAUUUCUAAGUAUCCACAGCAAAUUAUUGAUUAUUAUGAAGAUCAUAUUCAUGAAAUCGCCCAGGAAAAGGAAUAA